UUAUGUCGUGCGCUUUGUUUAAGGAAGAGCGUACAAACCCUCACGUUUUAUAACUUCAGUACAGCUUUCUGUUAUUUUUAGUGGUUAUGGUUGAUAAUAGUUAUCACGCCAAGUUUAAAAGCAGAAGCAACGCUUAAAUAUACGCUUUAACACAGCUAACUACUUGAUGUUUCUCUAAUUUGCAUUUGGAUGGUGCAAAUUGCAGCUGUCAGUGUCCAGCUCAGCUGUCAAACUGUUAUCUGGUGAUAUGCGGUCCUUGAGCUAUGUUCAGCGUGUUAGUUUUGAUUUCCCCGGAACCCUUUUCCCUCAUGCAAUUUGUCUUGGGGAUGCGGACAAUGACUCGCUGAAUGAACUUAUUGUGGGUGACACCAGUGGAAAGCUGCAUGUGUACAAGAAGGAUGACUCCAAGCCUUGGAUCACUAGAACAUGUGUGGGCAUGCUCACCUGUGUUGGUGUUGGAGACAUAUGCAACAAAGGAAGGAACUUUGUAGUUGCUGUGGGUGCAGAGGGAUGGUUUCACCUGUUUGACCUGUCUGCAGUGGCAGGAGCCAAGUCAGAUUCAUCCAGCCAACAGGAGGCGCUGUUCUCUGACGACCAGAAACCCUGCUUCUCUCAGCACAUUCCUGCCAACACCAAAGUCAUCCUUAUUAGUGACAUAGAUGGGGAUGGGCGCAGUGAGCUUGUAGUGGGAUACACAGACCGUGUGGUGAGAGCGUUCCGCUGGGAGGAGCCUACUGAUUCUUCAGACCUGAGCUCUGGACAGCUGGUCCUGCUGAAGAAGUGGCUUCUGGAGGGACAGGUGGACAGCCUGUCAGUAAACCCAGACCUAGAGGGUCUUCCUGAACUGAUGGUGUCCCAGCCUGGUUGUGGCUUUGCCAUCCUGCUGUGCACAUGGACACAACAGGGCUCCUCUGAGGCGGGGCCUGGGGAGGAGGCCCCACCCACUCCUGGCAGCGAGGGUCCCUCCAGAGACGUCAUUCUGCAUCUGACCACUGGUCGGAUCCACAACAAGAACGUCUCCACUCAUCUCAUCGGGAGCAUAAGCAGAGGCUCCAAAGGCGACUCCUCUAAAUGCGGCCUGUUUGCCCUCUGUACUCUAGAUGGCACACUGAAACUGAUGGACAGUUCAGAGCAGUUGAAAUGGUCAGUGCAGGUGGAUCACCAGCUCUUUUCUCUGCAGAAGCUGGACGUCACAGGCGACGGCAGAGAGGAGGUGGUGGCGUGUGCCUGGGAUGGUCAGACCUACAUCAUCGACCAUAACCGCAUGGUGGUGCGGUUCCAGUUUGACGAGAACGUCAAUGCUUUCUGUGCAGGUCAGUACAACUGUAAGGAUGGCAAGAACAGCCCCUGUCUGGUGUACGUCAGCUUCAACCACAAGAUAUAUGUGUACUGGAGGGUGGAGCUGGAGCGCAUGGAACCCACCCAUCUCCUUAGGGUCCUGGAGGAGAGGCCAGAGUUCAAGGCCCGACUGGAGCAACUGGGAGUGGACGCCGAGGACAGGGAGGCCGUGAGAGAGCUGGUGGGAGACACGCUCUACGGACACACGCUGAAGAAGCAGGCCGGAUGACCUUAACACGAACCUCACCUCUCCACUCCUCCAACCCCCCCCCCCCCCCUUCUCUUUCUCCUCGUUUCUGUGAAUACUCUGAAUAAAGGCUGAAGC